AGUGCACGACGGGCAAGAGGAAGACCUCCAGAAGCUCCCCGCGCAGCGCGGCUGUGUUUGCGGCCUGUGCGAGUAGGCGCUUCGGCCCCAGUCUCCCGGCGAGCUGCGCGGAGAAACCUCGAACGGGUGGACCCUACUCGUAGCCUGGAGCUCGGAACACCGCGAAGACCGUACUGUUUCCUCAGCGGCGGACCGCUGCAGUAAGAAUGUCUUUCCCCCCUCAUUUGAAUCGCCCUCCCAUGGGAAUCCCAGCACUCCCUCCAGGGAUCCCACCCCCACAGUUUCCUGGUUUUCCUCCACCUGUACCUCCAGGGACCCCAAUGAUUCCUGUACCAAUGAGCAUUAUGGCUCCUGCUCCAACUGUUUUAGUACCAACUGUGUCCAUGGUUGGAAAGCAUUUGGGAGCAAGAAAGGAUCACCCAGGCUUAAAGGCUAAAGAAAAUGAUGAAAAUUGUGGUCCCACUACUACAGUUUUUGUUGGCAACAUUUCUGAGAAAGCCUCAGACAUGCUUAUAAGACAGCUCCUUGCUAAAUGUGGUUUGGUUUUAAGCUGGAAGAGAGUACAAGGUGCAUCUGGAAAACUUCAAGCCUUUGGCUUCUGUGAGUAUAAGGAACCUGAGUCUACCCUCCGUGCACUCAGGUUAUUGCAUGACCUGCAGAUUGGAGAAAAGAAGCUCCUUGUUAAAGUUGAUGCAAAGACAAAGGCACAACUAGAUGAAUGGAAAGCAAAGAAGAAAGCUUCUAAUGGGAAUGCGAGGCCAGAAACUGUCACUAAUGAUGAUGAAGAAGCCUUAGAUGAAGAAACAAAGAGAAGAGAUCAGAUGAUCAAAGGGGCCAUUGAAGUUUUAAUACGAGAAUACUCCAGUGAGCUCAAUGCCCCCUCACAAGAAUCUGACUCUCACCCCAGGAAGAAGAAGAAGGAGAAGAAGGAGGACAUUUUCCGCAGAUUUCCAGUGGCCCCACUGAUCCCUUACCCACUCAUCACUAAGGAGGAUAUAAAUGCUAUAGAAAUGGAAGAAGACAAAAGAGAUCUGAUAUCCCGAGAGAUCAGCAAAUUCAGAGACACACACAAGAAACUGGAAGAAGAGAAAGGCAAAAAGGAGAAAGAAAGACAGGAAAUUGAGAAAGAACGGAGAGAAAGAGAGAGGGAGCGUGAAAGGGAACGAGAAAGGCGAGAACGGGAACGAGAAAGGGAAAGAGAACGUGAACGAGAAAAAGAGAAAGAACGGGAGCGGGAACGAGAACGAGAUAGGGAUCGUGACCGGACAAAAGAAAGAGACCGUGACCGGGACCGAGAGAGAGACCGGGACCGCGAUCGGGAAAGGAGCUCGGAUCGGAAUAAGGAUCGGAGUCGAUCAAGAGAAAAGAGCAGAGAUCGUGAAAGGGAACGGGAGCGAGAAAGAGAGAGAGAGAGAGAACGGGAACGAGAAAGAGAACGAGAGCGAGAGAGAGAGCGAGAAAGGGAACGGGAACGAGAGAGAGAGAAAGACAAGAAGCGCGACCGAGAAGAAGAUGAAGAAGAUGCUUACGAACGAAGGAAACUUGAAAGAAAACUCCGAGAAAAAGAAGCUGCUUACCAAGAGCGCCUUAAGAAUUGGGAAAUCAGAGAACGGAAGAAAACCCGGGAGUAUGAGAAAGAGGCCGAAAGAGAAGAAGAAAGAAGAAGGGAAAUGGCAAAAGAAGCUAAAAGACUAAAAGAAUUCUUAGAAGAUUAUGAUGAUGAUAGAGAUGAUCCCAAAUAUUACAGAGGAAGCGCUCUUCAGAAAAGGUUGCGUGAUAGGGAAAAGGAAAUGGAAGCUGAUGAACGGGAUAGGAAGAGAGAGAAGGAAGAGCUAGAGGAAAUCAGGCAGCGCCUUCUGGCUGAAGGGCACCCAGAUCCAGAUGCAGAGCUCCAAAGGAUGGAACAAGAGGCUGAAAGGCGCAGACAACCACAAAUAAAGCAAGAACCUGAAUCAGAGGAAGAAGAAGAAGAAAAGCAAGAAAAAGAAGAAAAACGAGAGGAACCCAUGGAAGAGGAGGAAGAGCCGGAGCAAAAGCCCUGUCUCAAACCAACUCUGAGGCCCAUCAGUUCUGCCCCAUCUGUUUCCUCUGCCAGUGGCAAUGCAACCCCCAACACUCCUGGGGAUGAGUCUCCAUGUGGUAUUAUUAUUCCUCAUGAAAAUUCACCAGAUCAACAACAACCGGAGGAACAUAGGCCAAAAAUAGGACUAAGUCUUAAACUGGGUGCUUCCAAUAGUCCUGGUCAACCUAAUUCUGUGAAGAGAAAGAAACUCCCCGUAGAUAGUGUCUUUAACAAAUUUGAGGACGAAGACAGUGAUGAUGUACCCCGAAAAAGGAAACUGGUUCCCUUGGAUUAUGGUGAAGAUGAUAAAAAUGCUGCCAAAGGCACUGUAAACACUGAAGAAAAGCGCAAACACAUUAAGAGUCUCAUUGAGAAAAUUCCUACAGCCAAACCUGAGCUCUUUGCUUAUCCCUUGGAUUGGUCUAUUGUGGAUUCUAUAUUGAUGGAACGACGGAUUAGACCAUGGAUUAAUAAGAAGAUUAUAGAAUACAUAGGUGAAGAAGAAGCUACAUUAGUUGAUUUUGUUUGUUCUAAGGUUAUGGCUCAUAGUUCACCUCAGAGCAUUUUAGAUGACGUUGCCAUGGUACUUGAUGAAGAAGCAGAAGUUUUUAUAGUCAAAAUGUGGAGAUUAUUAAUAUAUGAAACAGAAGCCAAGAAAAUUGGUCUUGUGAAGUAAAACUCUUUUUACCUUUAGAGUUCUGUUUCAAUUUUCUUCUUCUUUCCCACCUUUCAGAGGACUUUGGCUUUUUCUUUGUCUUCAAAGACAUUUGUGAGAUCUGUAAUUUUUUUUUAAUGUAGAAAAUGUGAAUUUUUUUGUUCUCUAAUUUGUUGAUGCCCUGUGUACUCCCUUGGUUGUAAAGACAUCUGAAUCCUGCCUUGGUUCUCUUUAUACUCACCAGGUACAGAUUACUGGUAUGUUUUAUAAGCCGCAGCUACUGUACACAGCCUAUCUGAUAUAAUCUUGUUCUGCUGAUUUAUUUCUUGUAAAUAUUAAAAUGACUCCCCAAUUCUUUUGCAGAAUUGCACUUAAUGUUGAACUGUACUGUACAGGAACCUACAUGAAUGAUUUUAAUUGAAAGAAUACCCAUCAAACCUAUUACCCUUCCCACCCCUUGAUCAAAAAUGGCAAGCCCUCCUGAAGGCAUGGAAUUUAAAAUUAGAGUGCUAAGAUUAGCAGACAGUCCAUUCCCACUGUAUCUCUGUAUGAGUGUGUUCGUGUGAAUGUAUGUAUAAAUGUCUUUUACCUAAUUUUUUUUGGAGGGCUCCCUUAAACAUUUCCUUAUUGAAGAGUAGAAUUGUAAAGGAAACGUGGUAUUGUGCCAACCCAAAUGUCUGGGAUAAUUAGGUUAUUAGUCUCCCAGAGCAUGGUAUUCUCUUGUGGCAAGCAACAGUCUGGUGAAUGGAACGGGGCUUUCCUGUUGAUAGCUGGCUGCUUCAGCCUCUCUUUUUUUAAGGGAGUGUGAAUCAUAAUGGUUUUCCCAUUAAUUUCAUUGUUCAGAAAUGAGGCAGAUCCUUAGAUUCUGGAGAGCUUUAUUUGAUGCAUUUUUGCACGAAUUGGUCCUUAGCUUUAUUUUGGUGUACUCUUUUGUUUAAAAAGAAAAACCUUAAUCUGAAAAGC